AUGGAAAAGCCGGUCGAAGACGCGGCUCCUCCGGCAUAUUCUACUGCGAUUGCCAGUCCGUCUGAUUCUGUUUUACCAGCAACAGCACCAGUAGAAGGUUUGAUUUGAUCUUUUUCAUGGGAUGAAAGGAAAGAUUGAAUUUUUAGAAGUUCCGAAAACGGCGGCCCCUCCAGCAUAUUCUGCUGCGGUCGCCAGUCAGCCGGCUCCAGCAACAGCUCCAGUAGAAGGUUUGAAUCAUUGAGGAACGAUAUUUUAUUAAUAAUUGCUUUUAAGAGUCUCCAAGAAUUGCCCAAGCUUCUCCGCCAGCUCGCCCAUCACCUCCACUUCCACAGUGUUCCCAAACGAGCGGCAGCUGUGGUCAGUAGGCGUGGCUGACUGCAACAGCGGCACGGUUUAUUGCAAUAGGGGCGCGGGAAUGAGAGUCAAGUUUUGUGGAUUUAGUGGUUGGAAAAAGACCAUUAAAUGAUGUUUUUCCUAGGUUCUCGCAAGUUUUCGAAGAUUUUUAAUGUGUAUAUAAUUAUAACGAACAAAUUUAAAUGAAGAAAGAGACGAAAAAGUUUUUGCAAAACACAAUAUCUCCCAAAAUGUCGUUUUUUAGGAAAACUCGUCAAAUCGAACUUCCAAAGGGAAAAUUGAGAAAAAGCUCAAACCACUUCUCUCAAGAAAUACCAUUUGAACGUUUUAAAACAAAAACAAAUACAUAUUAUCUUGUACGAAUAAAGUUGUCACCCAAAAUGACAUUUUCAGGAAUAAUUUCGUCGAAUACUGCCUCGAAAAAAAAAUUUUGAGAAAAAUCUCACAGCGUUUCUCUUAAGAAAGUCCAUUUGAAAAUUCUUAAACAAAAAAACAAACGAAAUAUCUUAUGCGAAAUAAGUUGUCAUCAAAAAUGUCCUUUUAAUGCAAAUUUCUGUGAUGAGAAAAAUCGAAAAUCACUUCAAAUCUCUGGAAAACGCGAUAAACACGUUUUGAGAACACAUACAAUGUGAAAAAAUACGAAAGAAUGGUAAAAUACGCAAGAAAAAGAGAAAAAACCGUAUUAAAAGUGAAUGAAAUUUUGUGGGGGUGACACGCGCCGCACCGCGUUGCGUUAGAAAAAACUCGCGUUUUCGCCCCAUUGCGACGACCUUUUUUUUCGCUUGCCGCCGUCUCUUUUGGAACACUGUGACUUCCAGUUCCGCCUCCACCCCAACAAUUCUUGCCACAACCUCAGCCUCAAGUUCAAUUCGUUGGCCCACAAGGGGUUCAAUACUUCUCGCCUCCACAAAUGGCAAUGGCUCCUGGAUAUGGGUUUUUUUUUUGAAAAUGAGUUUUUUCGAAUGGAAAUAUUCAAGAAUGAUGUCCCCUCCGAAUCCGUACAUGAUGUGUCCGCAGAUGUACCAACCACCUGCACCUAGUCAAGGUAAGAAUUUUAGAAAUAUAUCAAAAAAAUUCAAAAUUGUUUGAAAGUUACUGUAAAUUCAUUUUCAAGCGUACUUUUAUCGACUGAGUGUUGAAGUUUAUCUUGAAAAAAUGCUAUUCAAUCAAUUUUAAUUAAAAUCAUUGAAAAAAUCUUCAAAAUAAAAAAAUCACUAUGAAAUGAAUUAAAAAAUCGAGCCAAAAAUCAAGAAAAAAAAUUUUAUUUUUUCUUUUGAAUUUACGGUGAUUUUAUGCAAAGGGUUCUUCUAUUCAAUCAAAUUUUGAUUCAAAUUAAUAAAAAAAGUGCUCAAAAUUGAAAAAAAUCACGAUGAAAUGAACUGAAAAAAAUCGAGACAAAAAAAUCAAGAAAAAAAAAUUUUUUUGAGGACGAUUUUUUUAAGUUUUUAAGUUCAAGUUUUUUUAGUUUUGAAAAAAAAAUUUUUUUGAGCUAAUAUAGUAAAAUGUGGUUCAAAAAAACGUAACCAAAUUAAAAUUUUUCAUUUUUCAUCGAAAAAAAUGCUUCAAAAUUCAACAUAUCUUCAGAAAAAAAUGAGUAUAGAUUCUUUUUAACGGCUGGAAUGAGACACAAAAAAAACAUCAUAAUUAUAAUUUUUUUCUUGAAAAAAAGACUCAAAAAGCUAUAACUCGACUAUAAGCUCUUUUAAAUUUUAAGAUUAUUCGAAAAAACGGAAAAAUUAGAGCCGAGGCUAAAUAGUUUCAUCUUUAGAAAAAAAGGCUGUGUGAAUUUUUUUGGACGCCGAACUCAAGAUAUCAAAUUUUAAAAUUUAAAAAAAAGACAUCAAAAGUAAGUUUCGACGAGUUCAGCACCAAUCAACGUGGUGGUGAACUCCAACGCGAACGCCGGAGGAGGCGGCGGCGGUGGCGGAGGAACCGGCGGAGCUGGAGGAGGUCUAGGAGGAGCUGGAGGAGCCAAUGGCGGCGGCGGAGCCCUUGUCUGUCCGAAAUGCCGGAAAGGCAUCAUCUCGAGGGCUCAGGCGCGGAGACGAAAAGUUUGUUUUUUUGGGUCUUUAAAAGCUCGAGUUAAGCGGUUAAUUUUAUUAAAAAAAGGUACCUAGUUUCACGGGAAAAACUUGUGAGCUUUUUUUCAAAAAUUUUCUAGUUCAAAAAAAAGACUUCAUCCUUUUUUUCGUUUCGAUACCAUUUAAAGAAAAUAAAUGCAAAAAAAUUUAAAUAGUCGCUGUGCCACGAGUUGAAAUUUCAUGGAACGACACUCCGCUCGGUGGCCUUGUGGCCGUGAUGAAUCAAUGCCUUUGCGGAUCUCGGUCACGCUUUCCCACUUUAUAAUUUGCCGUUUUUAAAUACAUUUUCUUCGAUAACUCCUUAGUUUUAGGAACUUUUCAGCAGUGCAAUGGAUGAAUAAAAUUUUUCGGAAUGCCAGUAAUUUAACCAGAGGAUAAAUGAGCCAUGGCUUUAACAAAAACACACUUUUUUAAUCCCUCUUUUCGAGGAAGACCAUGAAACUAACUGUGUUCUUUAGUUUACAUUCGUACAACGCAAUCUUUUUCAACGAUAAUAAUACAUUUUAAAGAAAUAAAACAAUUAAAAAACGAUCAAAAUUAGAAUUAAAACCAAAAAAAAUUAGCGUGGCCGAGGUUGGCAAAUUCGCACGAUGCGCGCUACCGCACAAAUCGAAACAGCGGGGUGUCGUUCCAUGAAAUUUCAACUUGUGGCCCAUCAACUAUAUGAAAAAUAAAUUUAGAUGAUUGAUUUCCUUAAAAAAAAAGGUACCUAGGUUUACAAGAUCUCCUUGUGAGCUCUAUUUUCAAAAAUUACGGAAUUAAAAAAAAUGAAUUUUUUUUCUUUGUUACGUUGACAUUUCAUGCAAAGAAAAAAACGUUUUUCUGAGUGCGUAAAAAAAUUAGAAUUAGGUUCUUAAUUUUUAUUUUUAAAAAGACACCUGGUUUUUACAAGAGUUACUUGUGAGUUUCAUUUUCAGGAAUUUCAAUUAAAAAAAGUUUCGCUUUUUCUUUUUGUACAGAUGAAAUUUUUAAGCUAAGGUUCACAUGAUAAAAAAAUUCUUAUUUAUGAAAAAUAUCUUGGAAUUUUUAGAGCUAUAAAACCGUGAAAACAUAGUCUGUAUUAGCCUUGAAAUCAUACUGAACUUCAAUUAAAAAAAUGAUUUUUCAGUUCAAAAAAAUAUAAAUUGUCUUAUAACUUCCACAAAAAAACUCUAAUUUUUUUAAAUUUUCAGGGGUAAAAUUCCACGAAAAUGUUAUUGAAAAGCGCUUUUUCCUUAAUUUUUAAACCGUUUAUUCCUUACUAAAAAUCUUGCUGAGUUAAUUAAAGGCGCAUAGAAAAUUACAUUAAAGGUCUCGAGACGAAGAGCCAUUUUGAGUGUUAUUUUGAGUCCCGCAAUGCCUGUAGUGAUUCAGAAAGGAAUUUUUAAACGGUCUAUAAUUUUUUGAUAUUUUUAAAGUCGUUCCAAAAUCGGCACUGGAAUAUCAAAAAAUAUUCAUAAUUGAAUUUUAGGUAAAGCUUAAAAAAAUUGCUUCAGAUGGUGAUCAUGUGCCUGUCAACCAUUCUGUUCCCCUGUACCUGCGGAUUACUGUACUGUUUAUUGCUGAAAAACUACGUGGACACCUGCACGGCCUGCGGGAAGCAGUACGGUCACCGUGGCGGCAAGAAAGCCGGCAAAGUCAACGCCGUCACUUUGUAA